GAGUGCCCGCGGGCAAUGGGGGCGGACGCGGUGGAGGCUGAGGGGGGCGACUGGGGCUGCGAGGAGGCGACGCCGCCGGUGCAGCAGCCUCAGCCGAACGGGCUGGCGCCGGGGCCGGGCACGCCGGGGGAAGCGCAAGCCAUGCUGGGGGCGGCCCCGCGGACGCCGGUGGCGGUGUCGCGGCGGCGCCUGGCCGUGCUGGCCGCCUUCUCGAUGUGCUCGCUGGCCAACGCCUUCCAGUGGAUCCAGUACAGCAUCCUGAGCAGCGUGUUCGUGGGCUUCUACGGCGUGGACUCGGCGCGCGUGGACGCGCUGUCGCUGGUGUACAUGGUGGCCUACGUGCCGCUCAUCCUGCCCGCCACCUGGCUGCUGGAUGCGCGCGGCCUGCGCCUCUGCGCGCUGCUGGGCGCCGGCCUCAAUGCGCUGGGCGCCUGGGGCAAGUGUCUCAGCCUGCGGCCCAGCCGCUACGUCGUCACGCUGCUGGCCCAGAGUGUGUGCGCCGUGGCGCAGGUCUUCCUGCUCGGCCUGCCUUCGCGCGUCGCCUCCGUGUGGUUCGGGCCCCGCGAGGUCUCCACCGCCUGCGCCGUGGCCGUGCUGGGCAACCAGCUUGGUACUGCAAUAGGUUUUCUGUUACCACCAGUCUUGGUUCCAAAUACGGUUGAUGAUAUUGAUUUAAUGCAGCAUAAUAUCGGCAUCAUGUUCUAUGGAACAGCAAUUGUAUCCACAAUUUUGUUCUUAAUAACAGGAGUAGUGUUUGAGGAAAGGCCUAAAUAUCCUCCAAGUCAGGCUCAAGCAGUUCUUCGGGACCAGCCUCCUGAGGGCUACUCCUAUAAGCAGUCGAUAAUUAACCUGUUCAGAAAUGUUCCUUUUGUGCUUUUGCUGAUAAGCUAUGGUAUCAUGACGGGAGCGUUUUAUUCCAUUUCCACAUUAUUAAACCAAAUGAUAAUAACUCAUUAUCCAGGAGAAGAACUGAAUGCUGGGAGGAUUGGCUUGACCCUGGUAGUAGCGGGAAUGGUGGGUUCCAUAAUCUGUGGUUUGUGGCUGGAUUACACAAAAACAUACAAACAGACAACUUUGAUGGUUUACAUUCUUUCUUUUAUUGGAAUGAUCGUAUUUACUUUCACCCUCAACCUUGGCUAUCUCGUGGUAGUGUUUGUGACCGGAGGAGUGCUUGGUUUCUUCAUGACUGGCUAUCUCCCUCUUGGCUUUGAGUUUGCUGUGGAAAUUACAUACCCAGAAUCAGAAGGAACUUCAUCAGGACUACUUAAUGCUUCAGCACAGAUAUUUGGGAUCCUUUUUACACUGGUUCAAGGAAAGCUCACAUCAGCCUAUAGCCCUCUUGCAGGAAACCUCUUCCUCUGUGCUUGGAUCUUUGUCGGCAUCAUUUUAACAGCCUUAAUCAAAUCAGAUUUGCGAAGACACAAUAUAAAUUUGGGGAUUAUGAAUACAGACAUCAAAGCUGUACCAGUUGAUAGUCCUACAGAACAUGAAGGGAAUAAUGCUAUGUUAAGAGACCAGCCAGAAUCUGCUAUAUGAGACAGAAGGAAAGUAAUCUACAAACACACAAGUUUUAUGUUAUGCUGAGAAGCACUGACUAGUGUAAUCACUGGACUGUAUCUGAAUAGAAAGAAUUGUUUGUUAGAUCAUUGGUGAUGGUUGUGCAGAAUUGGUGAAAACUAUGAUAUGAAAGCUAUGAAGAUGCACAAUUCGUUUUGUCUGAGGCACAAACAUUUUAACUUUUAUUGAAUAUUUAUUAGAGUGGAUUUUUCAAAUUUUGUAGUCUCACUAGUAAAGGUCUCUGAAGACUGUCCACCCUUCUGGAAGCCAUGCAGUUUCAGAACACCAGGUCAGGGGAAAAAAACCCAAAAAACCAAACAACCCCCAAAACAAAACCUUACAUCAUAAAAUAUGAAUGUCAUAGUAAAUGGCCAGUCUGUUUUUUAAAUUGCAUCAAUAUUUAUUAGCUAAUUCACUUGUACGCAAUUAGAUUUUGCAAAUGCAGAAUUCUUUAGUGGUGAAAUAGGCAUCUGGUUAGUAGCACAGCUAGAUAUUGAAAAUUGUUGAAAGUAUCAAAGUAAUGGUUUAUUUUUUUCCAAAUUUUAAACUUCAGUGAGUGGGAACCUUGCCUUUUUAGCAAGGUACAUAGAACAAGAAAUGACUACAAGUGUGAAUGUGUUGCAUUGAAUCUGAUGCAUCCUUUGCCUUGAAUGGACCAAAGUGUAUGAGACUUCUUUAUACCAAAAUACAGGAAGCACUUUCUGUACAGAUUCAUCAUAAUACUCACAGGGAGACUUGACAUUUAUCUAAUGUAAAAUUGUUUUGGUUUUAUGUUGUUGUUUUUUUUAAAGAAGGAAAAUGUCUCAGUAUCUCUGCAUUAAAACAUAAGAAACUGAGUGUUAUCAUGGGCUUGUGUGAAUGUUUUUGAUAACUUCUCAGAUUGCUAAAGUGAAAUGAGUGCAUGUUUACAAAAAAGAUGGUGCCUUUACUAUUCUUCAUUGUAAAGAGCAGCCUUGACUCAAACGUCAUUAAACUUGUGGCAUCCUGUGUUGCUGAAGAAAUUUCACUUCACCUCCUUAAACAUAUAAGAUCGUAAGUGCCAUAUUGGGUUAGACCAAGGGUCUACCUAGCCCAGUAUUGUGUCCCUAACAGUAGCAAGUAAUAGAUGCUUUUAACGGGAGAAUAUAUGAACUGUGCUUGUCUGGUGUAAUCUAGCCCCUAUCACAGGGGUGGGCAAAAUGUGGGCCGGAUGUGACCCGCCAGCCCAUUCUAUCCAGCCCGUGGGGCCCCUAAAAAAUUUAGAAAAUUAAUAGUUAUCUGCCCCUGGCUGCCUGUCAUGCAGCCCUCGAUGGCUUGCCAAAAUUCAGUAAGUGGCCCUCCACCCAAAAUAAUUGCCCGCCCCUGCCCUAUCAUAUCCAUCUUGGCAUCAGCAGCUGUUAAUUUAGGGAUGUCAGAGGAUACAUCUCUGACUUCCUUUUUUUAAUAAGUCUCAAUCAAAUGUUCUUCGUGAAUUUGUCUAACUUACUUUUUUAACUUGAUUAUACUCCCUAUGUUUGCAACCUCCUGUAGCAGUGAGUUCCACAAGUCAACCGCAUGCUUAAAAAAAAAAAGGGUGGGGGGCGGGAGGUGGGAUAGGUCCAUGUCCUGAUAACUUCAGGGGUAGUUUCUGUGUUCUGGGACUUGGGGAAUAACGUUUCCCUAUUUACUUUACAUCCUUCAUGAUGUUACAGGCCUCAUCAUAUUCCCCCCACCUUAGCUUUCUCCUUUCCAUAGCGAAGAGCCCUAGCCCAGUCCUAUGCUGAUGUCUGACUCGUGUAUAUUUGCUGAGUUAGCAGAAAAAGGCUUCCAUCCUUUUUGUAUGUCUCUUCUAAAUCAUAAUUUGUGUUAAGUUGUUUUGCUUGUCAUGGAGCUUGCAAACAGCUAGCUUGAAAGUAAAAUGUGUUUGUCUUUCCGUUGUCUUAAUUGCUUUAUAAUGCAAAGGUUUCUAUUUUGAGGCAUUUGUUGCUUAUGCUGUGCUGUUUAGUCACAUAAAGACUGUGCCAUUUCCAAAGAUAAUGUAGGUCUAACACUAAAGUGUAACCCUUGCUUGGUAGGGUUGGUGCAGAAUAAAGGGCUUAUGUAGAAAAGAAGGGUUGAGAGAGAAAAUGAGCCAGUUUGUUUUGAGGUUUUUCUAAAUGAAAUAACUUUUUGUUUUCAUACUCUUCCUUUUUCUCUACAUUUUGCUCUGGCCUAGUGCUCAAUCCACUUUAAAUACCUGAAGGGUUUACUUAAAUGAUUUUGAAGAUGUUACCCUUGGUUAGUUUGGAAUGAAAACUGAAAGUCUCCUGUUUUAUGAUAAGCUUUGCAUGGUGACAGUCUCUGAUUUCUCUAGUGGAGCUAGGACCUGGGUUUCUCAGUUACUUAAGCACCCUUACCCCUGCUCAAGUAGCUGAAGAAAUUGAAGCUGCUGGAAUACAGCACUGCAUAGGCUAUGCGGAGGCCCCAAAAAACCUACCCUGUGUUUAAAUGCUUUGUAAGUAUUUCCAUGCCUCCCCUUAAUUUUUCUCUUUAUGAAUUUGAUUGCUUGAAGUGUCCAUAUGAGCUCUAUCAACUGGCCAUGCCCACCUGCGAUUUUAAACUCUUUCUCCCUCCUUCCCUAUGCUCCUGGAGAGUCCUGGCCUACCCUAAGCUGCUUUGCCUGCCAAUCCAGGAAAUGUUAGCCUGAAACAUCACUUCCAGUGGGGGGCUUGCUGAGUCUGGGGCUGCUGGCACAUUGUUUGUUCAAAGGCGCCAUGAGAUCUGAUCUGUGAUGCCAAGAGUUGCACUUCUUACCAUGCCAUGUGUUGCAUAUGUAGAAUGUUUUUAUGACUGGUUCCCCAUGGCUCAGGAAAUUUGGCAGUGGGGAAGCUGUGGCAAUCUGUGCUCCCACCUCCCCCACCAAUUUUUCAAACUGUGCACUGUGUAGCUUCCUUUACAUUUUCGUAAUGAUUAAUUGUUCUGUUGAAUUUUUAUGCUCAGACACUUGAAAUAUAUAUUUCGUUUGAGCUUCAUUGCCUGGAAAAUUCACUCCAUUUUUGUCCAUUCCCCUUCCUUCCACUCAUGAGAUUGUUUGUUUCAUUGCUAGGUAGCACAAUAUUUUUAAUGCCAGUAUUCCAUAACUGUGUGUAUCCCUACAUGUUGUACAAACUUUGUAAGUAAAGAAUGACUUAUUUCAGUGAUGUUAGCCACCUCUGUGAUAGAGCAGAGCAACUUUUCUAUGUUCUAUUUUGGGUAUCCGGAAAAAAAAAAUCUACCUCACGGACUCCAUUUCACAGGUUUACCCUCUGGUUGACUUGUCACAUGUGAUUAGCUGCUGUGGAUAUAUAUGCGAGAAUAUCUUAUUUUUUUAUUAUUGUUGUUUAAAAUUGAUGUUAAUGCAGAUGAUAUAGCCUUAAUGAUACUUAUUUUGUGAGUUGGUGCCUGACCUUAAUUUCUCCCUGUGUUUAAAUGCUUGUAUGGUCAGCAGAAAAAGUGGGGUUGGAGGAGGGAUUAAAAAGUAUGCAACAAAUCAGUGACUUAAUGCAAGCCUUCCCUAAAAUAAUGUUAAUCUCAAUCAUGUUUUCCCUUCACAAUAUUUCAUUUUACCAUAGUAUCCAUCAGCUGUUGUACUUUGAGGAAUAUGAAAACUGCAGACUGGGUUUUGUGCCCAUUCUCCCUCUCCUCCAGCCCUUUUCCACUCUGCACCUCCCAGCUCAGAAAGUCUGAGACGGGAGCAAUAUGGUGUUAAAGCACAAAACAAACUGCUAAAAGUCAGGUUUUGCCCCUUGUCCAGUGUUGUACAUGGAUGGGCAACCAAUCAAUUACUGACCCUUUGGAAGGUGUUAGUUGCUGACUAAAGCUAAAAUCACUUGGCUUUGGUGAGGGAAAGAUCCAGUUCUGUUUUCAAAACCUCUCCUUCAAAGUGUGGACAUUUCAUGUGUGUAUGAUUAGAUGUACUGUAUAUUCAGCUAUAUAUAUUGUAUGUACUUGAAAUAUAUACUGUAUAAAAAUGAUGGAAUCAAUUUACAAUGAACUUGUUUUGUAAGUAGAAUUAAAAUUUCAGGUUAUUUUCAUGCAUUGCAAUACAGAAAUGUAGUUUUAGCAGACUACCCAGUUAUAGUGGCAGAAAAAUAAUUUUGCUGUAGAAAAAAUUGUGGGUGGAUUUUUAAUGAUGCUUAUUGGGUAGGCCUAAUUUUUGCUAUACUGUAUUUGAAACUUGGUGGUAAAAGUGGUGUUUUCAGCGGGACAGAGUUAGGCACUUCUGAUAAUCCCACAUUCCUUUUGUAUUAAAUUUAACAUCUUAAAUUUAAUGAGGGCCUCCUCGAUUUUCUGUUUUUGUAAUGGAAUAAAUAUUAAGUACUGAUUUGCUUUUAGUAUACCUUUUCUAAUGCGAGUACCAUUGUGGGAUCACCUUGAAGUCAUCUUGUUACUGUAACUUAAAUACUCAGUGAUGAUGAUGAUGUAACUAUAAGGAGCUGUGAAUUAAUUUCAAGGGGGUUGGAUCAAGGAGAGAUGCUUUACAAAAUGCAGCUGGGUGUUUUUUUGUAGAAAACAGGAGACAUCAUGAUUUUAUCCACUUAAAUAGUGGAACAACUCUACUAUCAGCUGAGGUUGCUUGUUAUAGGUGGCUGUCCAGCCAUAGAAAGUGCUGUAUAGGUUUUGCCAUAGACACAUAUUUUCUUGUAUAAAUGGUGACGUGGUGACUUUCUUUUAUAAAUUGCUUUACAAAUGCCAAAUCAGUCCUGAGGCACCAUUGCUGUUAAAGGCCCCAUGUUGCAUUUCAGUUUAGUACAGGAUUAAUCAUUGCUGCCUAAGUACGUGUUGUCAUAUAUUUGCCAGCUCAUCUGCCUAUCUUAAUGAGCUCUAAAUAAGCUCUAAAACCCCAUUGAAGAAGUGAGGUCAGGGGCUGACCUUGACUAUGAUAAAUUGAAGCCCUUCCUGUGGGAAAAGUCCAUUUUGUCAUUCUUUUUACAAUUGAAGGUGGCUCUGUGUUAUCCCAAACCAACAAACGCUAUCCCUUUUAGAAGUCAGUAGAGUAGAGUUUUCAAAGAGAUUAACUGUGGAUACUUUUAUGACAAUACCCCUUUCCCAGGCAGAAAAGGCUUUUCAGCAGCUGGAGUUUCUGAAGCCUGAUGUACUUGAUCACAGUAAGCCAACAUGUGUAUCCAACCAUGAUCUAAAGUAAAUUAUCUAGAUUUUAAAUGAAACAACAUCCUUUAGAAAACCAAACAACAAUAUCUGUAGGAAUCUGCUUCAGGUGACUUCUUAUUGUGUUGUGGGGGAGAAUUCCAAGUAGUGCCAACACUGAGACAUACUGAUUGUUCAAGAGAGAUUGAUGGGAAGUUUUGUGUUUUACUGUAUUGUGCUAUACUUGUUUGUGUUUGACCCACUAAAAAUCUAUGUGGAUAAAAUGUUUUGGCCUCUGAAGCUACCUUUGGCAUAGUCAGGAGAAUGUAGAGCUGGAAGGGAUCUCAAGUGGUCAUCUUCAUCUUGACUCAGUGUAGGGGACUGGAAAGUAUCAUUAGACCAGGGGUGGCCAACUUGUGGCACAUGGCAGAUUGGGGAACAAACGGGCAGUACUGUGGCAGGGUGGCAGAGCAGGUAGCAGAAGGGGAUCAGAGUGGCACUUGAAGGGUAUGGGGUCAAUUCGUGAUGCCCAUACCAAAAAGGUUGGGCCCAUCUGCCUUAGAGGACCCUCCCCAGCAGAUUUUUUGCAGGAUUUUUUGAAGGUAGACUGAGGAGGAGAAUCUACAACAUCCCGUGCUUUGGUGUGUCAGCUCCCCAGCAAUAAAGAAAAGAUUUUUAACUAUCCAACCUAAGUUGUCUUUCCUGGUAAUUAAUCCGACUUCUUCAGGUCUUUGUCCCACAUUCCCCUGGUGGCCGUGGAAAACGGUUGAUCAUGGUUCUUCUGUUAACAACCUGCUACAUACCAGAAGGCUGUUACUAUAUCCCUUCCUAGGCCCCCUCUAUGUGUUACAUUUAUGUCAUGGUUAGUGUGUUGUGGCAUAAAUGGGCAGAGGGCUAUAUGUGCAUGUUAUUUCAGGUGUCAUAAAAUGAAACAAGCCAGAAAAAUGUUCAAUAUACAGUGUAGAACAAUUAAGGAGCUAGUUUGUAUGGUUCCUUUAAGUGUUAAUGUGUGGCUGGGGGCAACAAUCUGCUGACUGCUGUGGAGCUGGUUCAAGUUCCCAAUGCAGGCUCAGAGUUGGACCUGACAAUAGCUAAACUGUUGGCCCUGGGACUGCAUGGGGGCCAGUUUGAGACUUGCACUGAAGCUGACAAUCAGCCGACUGUUGGCCCUGGGUCAACCUCCUGGUGCAGGGAGAGACUUACAUUGUGAUCAUGGGCUCCCCCUGCACUGGCAAGUAGUAAUGGUGUGAUGGGGAUCUGAUCCCCGGUCAGACAUGGCAGGAGGUGCACUUGUGGGGAUUGGGUCCCAUCACACUAUUAAAUGAACACAUUCCAGAGUCCUUACUUAGUCUCUUCUCUUCUUUUAGACUGUGCCUAGUUCCUUCAACCUUUUAUUGUAGGUCAGGGUUGCUGAACCUCUUACAUUUUGUGUUGCCUGACUCCAGUUCUGGGCGCCACACUUCAGAAGGGAUGUGGACAACUUGGAGUAGGACCAGAGGAGGGCCACCCGCAUGAUCGGGGCAGCAGGGCAGGCCCUACAAGGAGAGGCUAUGGGACCUGAACCUGUUCAGCCUCCACAAGAGAAGGCUGAGUGGGGAUCUAGUGGCCUGUUACAAACUAGUCAGGGGGGACCAGCAGGUAUUGGGGGAGUCCCUGUUCCCCCGAGCACUACCAGGAGUGACAAGAAAUAACAGUCACAAGCUGGCUGAGAGUAGAUUUAGGCUAGAAAUCGGGAGGUGCUACUUCACAGUCAGGGCAGCUAGGAUCUGGAACCAACUUCCAAGGGAGGUGGUGCUGGCUCCUAUCCUGGGGGUAUUUAAGAGGAGGUUAGACGAACACCUUGCUGGGGUCGUUUGACCCCAGUACUUUUUCCUGCCGUGGCAGGGGGUUGAACUUGAUCUGCUCAGGUUCCUUCCGACCCUACCAACUAUGAAACUCCACAGUUUGCAUCUUUCUUGAAGUAGUGACCAAAACUGGAUGUGCUGUUCUGGCCAAGUCCUUACCCCUGCUGAGUGGAGUGGAAUAAUUUUCUUCUGUGUUUUACGUAUAACGUAUGUUAAUUUUUCUCAGAAUAAGAUUUCUCACUCUUGCAACAGCGACAUGUUGUUGACUUUUUUUUGGUGAUUUAUUAUGCCUCAAGCCCCUUUUCUGUUAUUGCCACCUAGUCCAUUGUUUCCCAUUUUAUAGUUGCGCAUUUGACUUGCGUGAGAACUGUAUAUGGCUCUGAGAUCAGAAUGUGAUUCUUCAAUGGCCUGCUGAUAUGGGGAAAGUGGAGGUGAUCUCCAUCUUGUUUACCUAGAUCAUUAUGAACGACCCUUAACUGCAUCUCUAAGAGAUGAGUAAGCAUGCUGCAUAUAUAGGAUGAAGAAAGUAUCUAGAGUUCUGUAUCAGUCUGUGGAAAGCACACUAAGAUUUGUACAUUAUUGGCACAUUUAGAUAACAAAAACAUACUGUAUACCAGUGUCCAUCCUGUAAAACUGUCCUAGAUAUUUAAAAUUUCAUGUCUAACCAUGCUUAGCUCAUUACUUGUAUAAAAAUAGUUUGAAAAGUAGCAACUAGAAGGCCUCAACCUAGAAUCUGGGCUGCUUUUUGCUAGGAACUGUAGAAAUACAAUAAAUGGGUAUCCACAAAAAUUCCUAGUGUUCCAGCAGUUGAUGGAGAAAUUCCAGUUAAAAAGGUUCUUAUUAACAGAAAAAUGAUACAAUAUGGAGUUCAUUAAGGUCAGAGUUCAUCAGCUUCACAGCAGAUGCAAUGAAUGUACAUCCCAGAGGGAUUUGAAUUUAAACAGAUGUAUGUAAGUGAGGAUGCUGCUCUUUCCAUUUCUAAGUUUUUGUUUUAGGAAGUAUGUGUUAGUACUGUACUUGCAGCUUCAUGCUGUUUUUACCUUUCCUGUAUUGUACUGUACUUUCAAUAUGUGAACUCUAACAAAAUAUUGAAUAAACGUUGCACAUAAAGGGA